AUGCCAUCUACAUCUUCAGAAAAAGAGGAUGGGAUAUUAAAUAAUGUGAAAAACACAAUGGGGAGCAUCUUAGCCAAACUGGACAAUCAAGAUGACACAACACUCAAUACAUUCUUGAAGACUAAAAUAAAAAAACUGAAGAUGGAAAAAAAGCAGUUGGUCGGUGUCUUUGGAAAAACUGGAUCUGGAAAGACAUCUUUGAUAAACACCGUUAUACAAGAGAAGAAGCUUUUACCUUCUGGAAGUGUUGAUGCCUGUACCUCAGUCAUGAUUAAAGUGGAGGCUAACAAAUGCAAUGGAAAAUAUGAGGCAGAGAUUGAGUUCAUCUCACCGGAGGAAUGGGAAGAUGAGUUGGGGUCAUUGCUUUGUACAGCUGAAGAAGAAGAGCAUGACAAGGAUGAUGAUGAUCAUGAAGCAAUUGAGAAAUUGACUGCUUUGUACGAGGAAGAAUGGAGAGAAAAAUCCAAAGAACAGCUGAUGGAGCCCAAGAACUUCAAAGAAAUUCCCGAAUUUCUUUUUUUAGAACAGAAGAAAAUGCACUUUGAAUCGGCUGAACAUCUAUGUGAAUAUAUAAUCAAGUAUACCAAAAAUGGCUCAGGAGAUACAAAAUAUAAAAGCAUAAAGAAGUGGUAUUGGCCAAUCGUGAAGAGUGUUACUGUUAGGGUACCAAACAAUGACUUUCUGCAGAAUGUCACACUUGUGGAUCUUCCUGGAAAUGGCGAUCGUAACAAGAGCAGAGACAGAAUGUGGCAAGGGAUUAUUGGAGACUGUUCUGCUGUCUGGGUUGUUACUGAAAUCAACAGAGCAGUUUCAGAGAGAGAAGCCUGGGAAAUCCUACAAAAUGUCAGCGGUCUAAUUGGGAAUGGAGGAGAAUGUCAGCACAUUCACAUUAUCGCUACCAAAUCUGAUGAUAUUGGUAGUCACUCUGUAGCUGAUACUCAGGCUUAUAUACUUCAAAGAAAUGAGGACGUGAAAGGAAAACUCAUCAAAGAAAUAAACAAAAUGAAGAACAUUAAGGAACACUUCAGUGAUGACUGUAUCCAAGUGUUCACAGUGAGCUCCAAAGAAUUCCUCACAAAUAUACAUCUAAGUCCAGAAAACACUGAAAUUCCCAGGCUUCAAGAAUUUUUGCAAAAUCUCAACGACAGUCACUCAGAGACAAUACACUUUGUGUCUGGAGCAUGUGGCAUCCUCUCUCUGAUGCACGGGGCCAGGUUAAGAGAAGAGAAUGGCAGAAAUAAGGAAGUGCGCAAUGCCCUUGACAAAAAUCUCAGUCUACAAACUGAGUCAGUCAGAAAUGAAAUGGCCAAAAUUAGAAGAGCCUUUGAAGAACACCUUCAAGAAGGAGUUGAGAAAUCCAAAAGCUCAUGUGAAGAAAUCUUGAAGGCUGCCCUGUAUCCCAAGGGUAAGAGUGGCAAGAGCUUCCAUAAGCAGCUGAAAAAAGUAGUAGAGAAUGGCGGCAUCUGGAAACCUAAAAAGGGAAAAGAAAUAAAUCUCAACAUGAAAUUAACCUCCUGUCUGACUGAAAGCAUUGACAAGCUAUUCAGAGAAACCUUUCCAAAAGAGGGACAUUGUGGACCAUUCAAUGGAGCGAUCAAUAAUUUUACACUUGGCACUGAUGGACUAAAACAAACAUACAAAGAUGUGGAACUGCAGCUGCUAUUCCUCAAGUCAGAGGAAGACCUUCUGAAAACAAGCCUGAGCAAGACUACUCCUAAGCAGAAGAAAACUGUCUACACAAGUUUGAUAAGGACAAUUGAAAAAUCCAUGCAAGACUGCUACAAAAAAGCAGUAGUAUUUUCAGGCUCUGGAACACUGCAGAACAUGCGGGAAACUAUUAAGAAACAUGUAUUUGGUUUAAAGAACAACAUGUUUGAACAUGCUAAAAUAGUUAUGCACAUCGAACUGCAUGACUUAAUGGAGGAAAUUCUCAGAAGACUAGAACGUACCAUGAAAGAAGCUACUGAGGUCUCGGGACUGAUUUUCAGUCAAUUCCAUUAA